CUUUCGGGAGAUGAUAUGUCCCGACCCCCCUACGCAGAUGGUCUGUCCCACCCCCCCGGCUCCGGUCGGACGGUCGGUUCCGGGUGGCGAGUGCGGGAGGCGCCGGCGACAGGACCGGCGGUGGGAGCCGGCGGCGCCAUGAACUGCCGCGCGGAGGUGCUGGAGGUGUCGGUGGAGGGGCGGCAGGUGGAGGAGGCCAUGCUGGCCGUGCUGCACACCGUGCUGCUGCACCGCAGCACCGGCAAGUUCCACUACAAGAAGGAGGGCACCUACUCCAUCGGCACCGUGGGCACCCAGGACGUGGACUGCGACUUCAUCGACUUCGCCUACGUGCGGGUCUCCUCCGAGGAGCUGGACCGGGCCCUGCGUAAGGCCGUCGGGGAGUUCAAGGACGCGCUGCGCAGCUCGGGCAGCGACGGCAUGGGGCAGAUCUCCCUGGAGUUCUACCAGAAGAAGAAGUCGCGCUGGCCCUUCUCCGACGAGUGCAUCCCCUGGGAGCUGUGGACCAUCAAGGUGAACGUGGUGAACCUGGCCAACGAGCAGGAGAGGCAGAUCUGCCGCGAGAAGGUGGGCGAGAAGCUGUGCGAGAAGAUCAUCAACAUCGUCGAGGUGAUGAACCGCCACGAGUACCUGCCCAAGAUGCCCACGCAGUCGGAGGUGGACAACGUCUUCGACACCAGCCUGAAGGACGUGCAGCCCUACCUGUACAAGAUCUCCUACCAGAUCACGGACUCCCUGGGCACCUCGGUCACCACCACCAUGCGGCGGCUCAUCAAGGACACGCUGGCUCUGUAGGGCUGGCUGCUGGGACGGGCACUGCUGGGGCAGAUCUCCUCCCCCUGGCAGGUGGGGCACCUCUGCGUCACCCCGUGGCUCUUUGGGCCCGUGGCUCUGCUCGGAUCCUUCCUCCCUCUCUAAAAAGCCCCUGCAAGGAGCCGAACUUGGCCUGUCCCUUAACCGCGGGCUGCCGUCGUUUGGGGCAGGUGCCGCGCCGCGCUGGCCAAGGCACGGCGGGGAGGCGGCUCGCCGGCUCCGAGGUCUGCGUCGCGCGUUGGAGGAGUCGCUUCGAGCUCCGGGGCCGGACCUGCCGCUGGGCCUCGCGCCCGGGGGGUAGCGAAGGCCCCGCCGCCUCCCGGCACGGGGGUCAGGUGCCCCCUUUCCACGCCUGCUGCCAGCCGGGGUGAAGCACCUCCUGCACAGCCUCCCCACCGCGAGCCGGGCACAAGCUGCAGGGAGGAUCCGGUGCUUGAGCGAGCGGCGGCCGGAGGGGAGAGGAGGUGUCCGUGUCCCAUCCCUGCCCGUAGCCGCUCUUCCCGCUCGGUUUGGACCGGGGGUUCGGGCGCUGGAGCUGGGCGUUUGGGAGAUGCUGUGCUAAACCGACCUGUGUCUUCCCUCCGGCUCCGCUCGGCACGGGCAGCGCAAGCCGGGCCCCUCGCUGCCACGUCCUCGCACCCGGGUCCUGCCUGGCAGCGCUGCCGAGCCCUGGGGCUGAGGUGUUUCCCUGGGGGGCCGGGGCAGAACCUGGGGGCUUCCUUGGGGCAGAAAUAAAGCGUUUCCAGACAGGA